UCACUGACACUUUUAAAAGUUCUGGACAAGUUCCUGAAAACUGAAGCUUCCCUUUUCAGCCAGCAAAGCGACAGGAACCCGAACAGAAUGAGCUUCGACCCACAGGGAGGCAGAGCGUUUGGGCUUCUCAAAGCACAACAAGAGGAAGGACUAGAUUCAAUAAACCAGGAAUUUCUUGUUGAUCCAAAAUAUUGCGAUGAAGAAGACCUGGAUUCAAAAUUGGAAGCUUUUAAAAAGAAAUUCAUGGAAUUUGACCGGAACGAUCAAGGAGACAUAGAUAUGAUGGGUCUGAAACGCAUGCUGGAGAAACUGGGCGUGGCCAAGACUCACCUGGAACUGAAGAAGAUGAUGUCAGAGGUGACGGGCGGAGCCACUGAGACCAUCAGCUACAAGGACUUCAUCAGAAUGAUGCUGGGCAAGAGGAAUGGCAUUCUCAAACUAAUCUUGAUGUACGAAGGCAUGGCAAAGGACGACGGAGAGAAACCGAGUGGACCGCCGCCCAAGAAGACGAUCAAUGACCUGCCCUGACCACAUCCCAGCAUGCAAUUCAGUAUUUUUAAGCACCCCCCCCCCCCCCCGCUGUGCGCUC